AUGUCUUUAUUGGUGAGGUCCAAAGGAUUUGACAAUUAUGAGCUUAAGAGUGAAAGCCAAUGCAUGCUUUCCCGAUCCAGAAUAACUGAUGAGGACCACCCUUUAAGCCUAGGGAAGACGAGCAUCUGGAAUACAUACUUCCAGACCUCAGUACAUUACCGGGGUUUUUCUGGGAUACGUACACAUCUGGUAACAUUUUUGAGUUAUGAUAUACCUUUUUUCUCUGGUGAAUCAUCGUUUGCGCAUUCUAAUCAGGAAUCUAUGAAGAAUAUAUUGCUUGUGUUUGCCAAGUUAAAUCAAGGCAUCAGAUAUGUUCAAGGGAUGAACGAAAUUUUAGCACCUAUCUUUUACGUAUUUCGUAACGAUCCUGAUGAACAUAGUUCU